CCUCUGAGCCGGUAAACACCACAGAGGAAGCAGCAGCAGUAGUUGUGAUAGAGACAUGAUGGCGGCAGGCAGCAUGAUGAUGAUGAGGAGCUCCGGCUUCCAGCAGCUUUCCUCUCAGGCGGACCUGGUUCCGGACUGGAUCAGCCAGGAAGUCAGCACCGGGACCACCAUCAUGGCGGUGGAGUACGAUGGAGGAGUUGUGAUCGGUGCUGACUCUCGGACCACCACCGGAGCGUACAUCGCCAACAGAGUAACAGACAAACUGACUCCGAUCCACGACCGGAUCUUCUGCUGCAGGUCUGGAUCAGCUGCUGACACUCAGGCCAUCGCUGACGUGGUCACCUACCAGCUGGGCUUCCACAGCAUCGAGCUGGACGAGCCCCCAUUGGUGGAGACGGCCGCCAAUCUGUUCAGAGCGAGCUGCUACCGGUACCGGGAGGAGCUGACCGCCGGGAUCCUGGUGGCGGGCUGGGACCGCAGGAAGGGGGGGCAGGUGUACUGCGUUCCUAUUGGAGGGAUGCUGGUGAGGCAGCCGGUGUCGGUGGGCGGCAGCGGCAGCUCCUACAUCUACGGCUUCAUGGACUCCAACUACAAACCGGACCUGACCCGGGACCAGUGUCUGGAGCUCACCGCUGCAGCUCUGUCUCUGGCGAUGGAGAGGGACGGCUCCAGCGGCGGCGUGGUCCGACUGGCGAGCAUCUCGGAGGACGGCGUGGAGAGACGGGUCAUCCUGGGGAACCAGCUGCCCAAGUACUCCACGCACUGAACCCCCCCCCCCGGCGCCGCGUCAGCGUCAACGUCAGACAUUUUGUGUUGUCAAUAAAGUUUCCAGUUAGUCUUUGA